ACGCUCGCGCGCGUGCCAGCGACUUCGUCCAAGAAACGCAGCCCGCCCACCCACCACCGCCAGAUGACGACGCCUCGCCACAAUGCGUCGCCGCCGCCGCUCCCCGUGCUCACGCUCCUCUGGCUACUGCUGCUCGACGCUCCCGCCGCCGCGCAGCAGAGCCCGUCGCGCGACAAGGAUAACGGGGGCGGUGGCGGUGGAGGGGGCAUGCCAGCCCAGACGCCCAGCUUCAGCGCUCCCAUGGUCGUGCUGCUGGUGGCGCUCAUCGCGGCCUUCUUCUUCAUCGGUUUCUUCUCCGUGUACAUGCGCCGGUGCGGGCGGGGCGCCUCGGCCGGUCCCGUGAUCCCGGCCGCCGCGCUGCUCGCUCUGUCGCGGCAGGAGGAGCGCAACCAGCAGCGCGGGCUCGACCCCGCCGUGGUCGCGUCGUUCCCGACGAUGAGGUACGCGGACGCGAGAGAGCUUCGGGUCGGCGGCAAGGACGCCGCGCUCGAGUGCGCCGUCUGCCUCAGCGAGUUCGAGGACGACGAGGAGCUCCGGCUGCUGCCCAGCUGCAGCCACGCCUUCCACCCGGACUGCAUCGGCGAGUGGCUCGCCGGCCACGUGACGUGCCCCGUCUGCCGGUGCAACCUCGAUCCCGAGGAGCCGGCCGGUGAGGCGACGGGGGAGGGGCGGCAGCAGGACCAUGUGGCGAUCGACGCGAGCCACGAUGGCGCCGGAGAGGAGGGGGAGGAGGACAGGAGGCGGGAUGAGGCGAUGGAGCUGGAGCGGAUCGGGAGCCAGCGCCGCGCGGUGCGGUCCCGGUCGGGGCGGCCGGCACCGCUCGUCCCGCGGUCGCAUUCGACGGGCCACUCCCUCGCCACCACGCGCCUCGACGGCGACGUGGAGCGGUUCACGCUCCGGCUGCCGGAACUCGUGCGCAGGGAGAUGGUCGCCGCGGCCGGCGAGGAGAGCCUGCGCCGCACGGGCCUGCGCGAGCGCGGCGGCGCCCGGAGCGCGCGGCUCGGGAGGUCGGACCGGUGGCCGUCGUUCAUCACCCGGACGUUGUCGUCGCGGGUCCCGUUCUGGUCCGCGUCGAGGAGGGCGCCCGACCUGGAGGCGUCGUCCAUGACCACGGGAGGGGCGGCCGCGAGGACCAGGCGUGAGAAGAUGGGCGGCGCGUCAGACGGCUCGGUGACCCCUGCUAAAGGCAGCGUGCGCUUCGACUGCCUCGGCGUCGCCCCCGCCGUGACGGGCGCGAGAGUCGGCGCCGCGUCCUGCGACAACGAGAUGGAGGAGGAGGACGACGAGGAGGACGAGGAGAAGGCGAUCGCCCGGCACCGGCAGGCUUGAACGUGGGCGGAAAGCGGGGAUUCCGCGCCCCGCAUGUGCUGCUCGCCUACUUGCCCCCAUUCGUCAGUUGGAAUUGGAACGGCAACGGCAACGGCCAACGGCAGUGUCACACACGGACACUCCGCAUGGUCUGGUCCUGGUGGCGUAUCAAUGCCCCGGCGAGAGGACCGGGACGAGACGCUGCAUCAUGUCUGAACUCUCUGCCGACGUAUCCACGACCACAAUCCAUCGCCCUGUGAUCCGCGAGACGAAGCAGGUCGCACGCGAAUGGGAACACGCACCGCUGGAGCGGCGAUUCCUUCAGCUGAAAAUGGUUUCUUUAUUUUCUUCCAACCUUUUCUACUUUCUCUUGAGCGUCUAGUCCUCUGGAGAAAAAGGAGUUCUUGAUUCAUUUCUUUCUCUUAGCGUCUAGAACAUCAUGUUGGGCUGGGUAACCUAGAAAAAAAGUAGUGUUUAAAUAGAGAUAGAAAAAAAACUGGGAUAAGUGUUGACUGAUUAUUGUGUCUUUUCGUCAACCCUGGUAGUACAUAGUUUAUCUUACUUCCGGACGGAGAUGGAAGGUUGCGAAGUUAUGCAAGAAACAAACCCACAGAGCGCUGUCGUCUCAAACAUACGGACUCCCGUGAAAUUAUUAAAUUCAUAAGAAAUUUAAGCUUGUGUUCAUUAGGCUGUU